CUCUCUCUCUCUCUCUCUCUCUCUCUCUCUCUCUCCCUGUCUCUCUUGUAAAUGUAAAAAAAACGUGAAAGGAUAACAGCAAGUUGUGCAAGCCAUCACAGUCCAAUUUCAGAAGUGAUUUUCAUCUUAUUAACAGCUUUUCUCAACUUGAAAGAAUGAUUCGCACAAAUGAGAGAAGAUGUACUGAAGUAUACUUUAAGGGGGAGCACCUGAAGCUUGAAGAGCUUAAACAGAAUGAUAACCUUACACUGAAUGAUUACCUCUAUAAUUUGAUUCCACCACAACCUGAGGAGGUGGAGAUUAAAGUGUCAUACCUUCGGCAUAACACUAGCCUCCAAGGAUACCAUGGCAUCUGGGAUUCUGAAGGGUUUAAAAAGCCGUCACAAAGCGACUCGCCAAAACGCGAUCUGGUAUGGUGGAGCCCAGACAUUUCAAGACGUGAUAUUACCAUCGCUGAGGAGCAAUACUUGAAUAGGCAAGGAUUUUACAAUGAAGUGAAACCUUUCCUGCAUAAGUUUACCUCUUCCCCAGCCUUCCUGGCAUCCUCUCGCAUGGGGAACUUCCGUUUCAGCAUGUCAAUCGAUGAGUUGUUAAAAAGCUACAAACAACAAUUCUGUGAAGGCCAGGAGCCCAACAUUCGCAUUUUUGAGACUGUGGUCUAUAAGCAGGAAGUGAUGUAUUCUAUUGUGAUUCAUGCACCUCAUGUACAAGACCUGUUCUCUGAGUAUCCCCUGCUUCCGAAACACCGAGAUGCAGUGUGUGUGUUCCGUAAAGACACCAUUAUAUGGCGUCCACAGGCAAUGAGUAAAACACACCGUUUCUAUCUGUCUCCUAACAAGCAAGCUAUUCGGAUACGUACAAAAGCCAGAAAAAAUUACAUGUGGGAUAACAUUGGAGUGGCAUUCCAUGUCCCAGAUGGACAAAUCUUCAGGUUCAGCAAGGCGAUUCUGUGUAAGAGCCUCCGACUCUGUGAGGGUGCUGAACCAAAACUUAACUCAGAAGAGUUUGUGAAGUGUGAGUUUGACCCCAUCAGGCCUUAGAGUAAAUAUGAAAAAUGAUCCAUUACCUGGAGUUAGCUCAUAAGUAUUAAAAGUCUAAUAUGAGCAGAAGGUUUUUGUAAUCAUCAAUAAGUAUGAAAGGAAUGUGGUGGAGGAAAUAUGUAUUUUUUACCUGCUGUUUUACUAUUCUUAGUACAUGUUACUAUGUAUCUGUCCAUGCUGUUUUAAUAAAGCGCUGAUGCUAAG